AUGGUUUCUGGACUGACGGAUGUCGGCUUAUUCGACCGGCUCUUCGCUGGUAUGCUGGUCGCCCUAAACUUGGGUAUGCAGAGUGCCUUCUCCUGGAUUCUACUGACCGACGCCUUUAUAGGUGAAGCCUUCGAAGCCAAAGUGGGCAGUGCGAGAGUUUGGCGGACAAGUAUUGCCCACGACCACAAGUACACCGACUUUGCGGAUACCAGCUUGGUAUCCAGAGUUUGCUCCGGCGACGGGGCCCUGAUCCUUUCCACCAUACAGGCAACUCUCGUGAGUCACAUCAACUCGUACCUUGGACUCCAGGAGGGGGACUUCGACCCGUCGAUGUUCGAACCCGGCGUUCUUCUUUGUAUGCUUUGCAUUCUGCUGUGGACUUUGUGCGUCUACAAGGAGUACCGCAGAAUUUGUCUGGAGUUGGAGGCCGCCAUCGGAAUCCCCAAAUCUCGAAGAACCGUCUUCCGCCAGAAUGCCUUCGUGAGUAUCUCAUGGGGCCGCUUCCUCGUCCUGCUGGUAACAUCCCUGGCAAGAGCCCUUAUCGCUUCUGUCCUACUGUUUGCCGGGAUCCUCUGGUUGGCACGCACUACAUCAAUACAGGAACUUAUGUUGAAUGCUGUUGCCCUGAAUGCAAUCCUGGACGUGGAUGAGUUUCUGUUUGCAGGUAUGGUGCCCAUCAAGACCCAGCACUUUAUAAAGGAGCUCCAGCCCAUCCACGUGAAGUAUAGCCGGAUUCGGAGUCAGUUCGAAUCCCUUUUUCACUGUGUCUCCUUGUUGCUCCUUGUAUCGGCCUCUUACUUCCUUCUCUUGGAACCCCUGAGUGACACGAUGCUCAGUGUGAAGCACGAGCUCUGCGGCGGCAACCAAACCUUCGUGGCCGCCUUCAACCCAGAUACACAGUUUACCUUCGGGAAGGUUACUGCCGAUUCCCGCUCCGCACGGGACCUGUCUACAACUGAAAUGGCGGUACAAUCCCAGGUGCUUUCAGGUCCUUUGGAUCGGAGCGGAUUGUUGCGGUUUUCCCCUACUGUGGAUCAGUUUCAGGAAGACAUCUCGCGCAGCAUGAAAGAGGAGGCUUCCUUGUAUCCCUUUUGCACGGAGACGAUGAUCAUGCAGGAGGACGGCCCGUUCCACAAAGAUGAAGGCUUGCAGGGAAUAGCCAGGCAGCUUCUCAACAAUGCAGCAGCAAGCGUCGGGCGUGUCGGCGCGCAGAGCUGCCACGAGCUGAGCGACUUCUGCAACGCCCCCGAUGCGCGCUUGGUGCGGCUGGUUUGUGGUGACACCUGCGGAUGCACUGAUCCUACGAGGUUUGCCUGGUAUAAGGUGGAAUCACAAGGCUGUACGUCUGCAUGCCUCCAGGCUGGCAGGAUGAGCUUGCGGAAUCGCAGCUGCCAGGAUUCGCCGGCAGAUGACAUGUGGAAUUCCUUCUGGACGGCGUAUCCCUCUGUGUUGUCGGGUUGGUUCGGGCGCACGAUACAGUCGAAUCGACUGUACAGCUUAGUCCAGCAGACUCAGCAGGCCCAGUUUUUGAGGUUUAGGUUUAGGGUUUCGGGUUUAGGGUUCAGGGUUUAG